AUGGUCUCUCCCUGUGGUGCCUCUCCUGCCCCUGCUGCUGAUGCUGACGCCACUAAUCGCUCAGAGUGGGCCACGCGUGAUGCUGCUGCUCGCCUUGCUGUGCGCCGCCACUUACCGACCACUGAGCGUGCACACUUUAGCAAGUACAAGAGUGCUCAGACCUUGUACGACGCUGUAGUUGCACGCUACUCUUCCCCUGCCACUGCUGCACUGAGCCGCCUCAUGCUACCGUACCUCUUCCCUGACCUUGCUGCCUUUCCCAUAGUCGCUGACCUCAUUGCCCACAUCCGCACUAGUGACACUCGCUACCGCACUACGCUUCCUGCUGAUCGGUCGGCGCUGCGUCUGCCCGGAGCGGGAGACGCCGCACCGGCAAGGGCAAGGGGGGCAAGGGAGCUGGAGGGGCUGGAGGGGGCGGUGGAGGUGGCGGUGGAGGCAAUGGAGGGAGUGGGGGUGGUAGUGGGAGUGGUAGCGGGGGUGGCGGCGGCGGCGGCAGCACUGGAGGCGGCGGAGGCGGUGGUGGUGGCGGAGGGAGUGGAGGCGGCAGAAGGAGCGGAGGCGGCGGAGGUGGCGGAGGAGGCAGAGGUGGAGGAGGCGGCGGAGGCGGCGGUGGCGGCGGCGGUGGUGGAGCGGGUCGCGACUCUGCGCAGAAGACUGGCUCAGCGCGGUGGGGGUUUUGGUCCCUGCACUUACGUCCUCCGUACCGGCGACCGAGCUGGUGACCAGUGCAGAGGCCCACACUCCACCCAGCGCUGCUUCGGUCGCCUGAUGGACGCGUGGCGUCGCCAGUUCUCUGAGGCAACAGAGAUCCCUCGCUGGGGAGAUCUGUCUAGGGCGGGGGUUGCCGUCUUUGAUCUUGACUAUGAUGCUAUUCUUGCUGCCAUGUAUGCUGUUGAUGAUAGUGUUGUGGGUAAUUGUUACCUGUGUGUACCGCCUGACCCGGGCAUUGAGGCUACUGCUCUAGGUGCUGGUGAGGCUGCUGCUCUAGGUGCUAGUGGUUUAGCUGUCCCAGGUGCUAGUGCGUCUGCUGCCCCAGGUGCUGGUGAGUCUGUGCUCUCAAGUACUACGUCGGCUCAGGCCUUACACACCUUCACCCUUGACUCGGGUGCGUCCCGCUCCUUCUUUCGAGACCGCACUGCUCUUACGCCGCUCAGUCGGCCGGUUGCAGUCUCCUUGGCAGACCCCUCUGGGGGUCCUGUCCUUGCUAGCUUCUCCACUGUCUUACCGUGCCCGGCAGCCCCCUCUGGCACCCUGUCAGGUCUCUACCUCCCCUCGUUCUCUACGAACUUGGUGAGUGGAGCGGACCUACAGGAUAGGGGGGUUGACCAGUUCACUCCUGCGAGUCAGCGAGUGACCCACUGCACGUGUUCUCGGACAGUGUCACAGGAUUGA